AUGACAAACUUGCUCCCACUAAUCGUCUAUGUGUUAUUGUUCUUUCUUGUCUCAGUUUCAUCCCAACAUGACCAGCUUCUGUAUGCUGGAUUCAAGGAUAUGGAAAGUAACAACUUAACCUUGAAUGGUAUAGCAGAAAUAGAGCAAAAUGGAAUACUGAAACUCACAAAUGAGACUAGUAGAUUAAUGGGUCAUGCUUUUUAUCCAACCCCUUUUCAGUUCAAGAAAUCAAGUGAUGGUAAAGUUUUCUCCUUUUCUUCCUUAUUUGCUCUUGCUAUUGUCCCUGAGUAUCCUAAGCUUGGUGGGCAUGGCCUUGCUUUUACCAUUGCAACUUCCAAGGAUCUCAAUGCUCUUCCAAGCCAGUAUCUUGGUCUCCUUAACUCAACUAGCAUUGGAAACUUCUCCAACCACCUUUUUGCUGUUGAGUUUGACACUGUUCAAGACUUUGAGUUUGGGGAUAUCAAUGACAACCAUGUUGGAAUUGACAUCAACAACUUGAAGUCCAAUGCUUCUGCCACUGCUGGUUACUACACUGAGGAUUCAACAAAACAAGAUCUCAAUCUCAAAAGUGGGAAACCAAUUCUAGCUUGGGUUGAUUAUGAUUCUGCUGUUAAUAUUAUCAGUGUCACACUUUCUGCAUCCUCUUCCAAACCCAAAAAACCAAUCUUGUCGUACUCUGUAGAUCUCUCACCAAUCCUUGAGGAAUCUAUGUAUGUUGGAUUCUCUGCUUCAACAGGGUUGCUUGCUAGCUCCCAUUACAUCUUGGGUUGGAGCUUCAAGAUCAAUGGGCCAGCACCACCCCUUGAUCUCUCUUCUCUCCCACAGCUUCCGGGGCCAAAGAAGAAGCACACAUCUAUGAUAAUUGGGGUUUCAGUUUUUGUAGUUGUUCUUGUACUGUCUGCUAUAUUAAUUGGCAUUUACAUGUAUAGAAAAAUCAAGAAUGCUGAUGUUGUAGAAGCUUGGGAGUUUGAGGUUGGUCCACACAGGUACUCCUACCAAGAGCUCAAGAAAGCCACAAAAGGUUUCAAGGACAAGGAGCUACUUGGGCAAGGUGGUUUUGGUAAAGUUUACAAAGGAACAUUGCCAAGUUCCAAGACCCAAAUAGCUGUAAAGAGGGUUUCACAUGAAUCAAAACAAGGCCUGCGAGAAUUUGUUUCAGAAAUAGCCAGCAUAGGCCGGCUUCGCCACCGGAAUUUGGCUCAGUUGCUAGGGUGGUGUCGCUGUGGCGGUGACCUCCUCCUUGUGUAUGAUUUCAUGGCUAAUGGGAGCUUAGACAAGUACUUGUUUGAUGAGCCAGAAAUCAUUCUAAGUUGGGGGCAGAGGUUCAAGAUCAUAAAGGAUGUUGCUUCAGCUCUUUUGUAUCUGCAUGAAGGCUAUGAGCAGGUGGUUAUACACAGAGAUGUGAAGGCUAGCAAUGUGCUGCUAGAUAGUGAACUCAAUGGAAGACUAGGAGAUUUUGGGUUAGCAAGAUUGUAUGAACAUGGGGCUAACCCAAGUACCACAAGAGUGGUGGGUACCUUAGGCUAUUUGGCACCUGAGUUUUCUAGAACAGGGAAGGCCACUCCUAGCACAGAUGUUUUUGCAUUUGGUGCGCUUUUACUUGAGGUGGCAUGUGGGCUCAGACCUGUUGAGCCAAAGGCAUUACCAGAAGAGAUGGUUUUGGUAGAUUUUGUGUGGAAUAGAUACAAAGAAGGAAGAAUACUUGAUUUGGUGGACCCAAAACUAAAUGGUGAUUUUGAUGAAAGAGAGGUUCUCAUGGUGUUGAAAUUGGGGCUUAUAUGUUCAAAUGGUGCACCCAAUGCUAGGCCUACCAUGAGGCAGGUGGUGAGGUUUUUGGAUGGAGAAGAUGGUUUGCCAAAUGAGUUGAGAAAACCAAGAGAGAUAGGUCACCAGGAAGGUUUUGAUGAAUUCUUGCACUCACUUGAAUCUUCUUUGUCUGAUAACAUGAGCACAAAUUCCUAUAAUAGAAAUAGAGAAACAGAUGCUAGUUUUCCUUCUUUUGCUAAUUCACCUCUUUUUUCUCUCCAUGGUAGAGGGGAAACAAGGUGAUUGAUUAUCUACAUUGUACUUGGAGUUAUACUUUUCUCUUGGUACAAAGAAAUUUGUUUAUUUUAUCAUCCCAUGAUGUCUGAUAAUUGUAGAGAGGAAGUUCUGGUCAUGAUGAAUUAAAUCCCAAAA